UUUGGCUGCAGAUAAUUUUGACUCUAGUGGAGGUCAAGCAACCACUUUCAGACGCACUUCGGUUCAGUGGCAGAAUAUUAACACCAAAAUCUCCGGCAGCCAAGAACACACGGACGCCAAGACGGUAUCUACCUGGACCAAUGACCAAGUCAACACCUGGCUGGCCAACCAUGGACUAGGCGGGCUCAAGAACCGUUUCGACGGCUACAACGGACAGCGGUUACUCGGUCUAAAAAUAGUGUCCACCGAGGCUCCCAAUUUCUUCUACUCAGAGCUCAAAAAUGAUUUGGGUUUGAAGAGUCUUCUUGAGAUUGUGACAUUCAAGCAAGCUCUUGAUGGGAUUAUCUGAGUGCUGAGCAAUGAAAUUCCAGGACUUGUGAAAUAUUUCGCAAAUGAGCUCAACAAUUAUGAGUGAUAUGGUGUUGUUUAUGCACGACCUUGAAAGCCACUUUCGGAACAAAUCUUCAGACAUAAUUAUGAUAUAUGCCGACUUUACAACAAUAGGAGUUUAUAAUCAAACAUUCUUAAACAUUCUCUAGACAGGAAGUUUGCUUAAUUAUCGUUAAAUAAUACGUAACAUCUGCUUGAAAAGAACAUGAUAUUGUGUAAUAGUAAACACAUGCAUUGCGAUGUUGUGUUUUGAUUUUAUCGUAAUGAAUAAAAUAAAAGUGUCAGUGGUUAAACGUACGUGUGGUAUAUUAAUGUUUAGUUGUCAACAUUUCUGUGUUGAAGCGUUGAUCAUCAUCAAACACACAUCUGUGCUCCAAAUAACCUUGAACUCCCCCUAACAACGAAGCGGUUGCUAGGUUACGGAGAGGCGCUUCUCUAAAGGCCUAUUCAUCGGUUGCCUGUAGGCCCGUGUAGCAACGCUGACAAACGUGGCCGUUGCCGUGCACCGUGUUCUGCUUUAGACAACUAUUGGUCAUAUUGGCCUAUUUGUACUGUGAACUAGUGGUCAAUACAGCGCCAAAUAUGCGUAACACGUUUCACUUGGAAUGAGUAUAGAUGUAUUAACGUGAUUGUAGCCGCCAUUUUGUGCACGCAGUUUUGCUUGUUGGUAAUUGUCGGUCGUGUUCUAAACAGUUUGAGUUCUGAUGAACAAUCCUCGUUCAGGAUAACUGUUUGUUGAAAAUAUACCCCGAUUGGACAUUUAGCAACAGGAGUGAGUUCUGUAUGGGCUACAAAGAUGGGCUGCAGUCCCAGCAGUACCAAACGAGAAACUGUAGCCUUCACUCCUUCACCGACUCAGACUUUCCAAAAACAUGAACUCGAAAACCAUGAGAAAGGCCAAACUCCGACCGUCCGCCGGUGCAUUGAGUUCCUUAAAGUUGCGACGGCUACUGGUGGUCAAACAGCCCGACACAGUCCCUUCGACCCGGUGGGACUACAAGCGAUGACCAAACAACGGAAGGAGUUGUACCCGGCAUUUCUUGAAGCUCUACAAAGACUUCAGACAGUUACAUCUUACAUCGAAGAUNAGAUCCUUGGAUGACCUUCUGACUGUCUGUAGAAUGAGUGAUUUGACCGAUACGGAGCUCGCCAGUGAACUAGUGGACAAGAAAUACCCGCCACUGUUCGUUAAAAUCUGGAACACGGUCUACGACAAAGAUAUCUACCUGUCUCCUGAUCUUGCCAGAGAGUACGUAGUCUUCAAUCUCCUUAAACAGGCAACAAUCAGUUUUACUCACGUCAGCUGGAACUUGUGCCUGGAAAUGGGCAGCGUUAAGCACGGAAUCGUUCCUCUAAUUGCGAAGGAGUUUGAUCACCCGCUAAUGACCCAGGACGGUUUGAAAAGUGGCACCAAGAAAGCCUUAUGGAAUUCACCUAGAGAGACGCUGAAAAAGAUGAUCAACAUUUUGGCAAAUAUCAUCAGGAUGAACAUGAACAGCAAACCGGUGUUUCGAGAAGCCAAAAUUGUUCCACACCUUCAAGCAUUAUUGCAUUGCCGUUUUAUGAUCAUGCGAGCUAAGGCGCUCUUCUGUCUCGUCUAUCUCAUCAAUGAAGAUGAAAACGGAGCUCUGAACACGACAGAUGACAAUAUUAAAUUCGUGCUCAAGGUCCUGGGGAAAUGUUUGGAGCAACCGGGUCAUUACUCGGAUCAUUACACUUUCUCGGCCGAGGUUGUCGUGGAUGGGAUUGGCAACAUGGCAGUGAAUGACUCCAAUAAGUUAAAACUUGUCAAGAAUGGUGUGAUGCCAAUGCUGAUCACCAUGUUGACGACGGACAGCGUAGCCGAGAAGCGUGCCGCCGCUAAGGCCGUGUGGAAGUUGGCAUUUCAUGAAGAUAACAAGAGAGAGUUCAAGACAAACAGCACACUGAUAUCAGUUUUGAAAGAACUGCAAAGCAGUGAGACGGACCGGAAAAUUCUUAAAGCUUGUUCGACUGUGUUAUGGAUGCUAGAUGAAGCUGAUGGGGACGAUAUGGACAAAGCCGACGGUGGAGCUGUGAAGUCACAAGCAUCAUCAACAGGCAAAAACGACGGAGAGUUGGAGGUUCAGUCUAUUGAUGGAAACAAUUUGGACAACACACCCCACGUGAUGAUCAGCUACCAAUGGGGAGUCCAAAUGCAAAUGAUGAAGAUAAAAGAACUCUUGAGGGAAUCUGGAUACAGCGUGUGGAUGGACGUGGACAACAUGGAAGGUUCUACGCUCGAAUCUAUGGCAGCGGCCAUAGAAAGAUCUGCCGUUGUGCUCAUAUGCUUCACAGAGAAAUACAAACAGAGCGCCAGUUGCCGAACAGAAGCUGAGUACACCUACAAGCUUCAGAAGCCUAUCAUCCCGCUACGUCUUCAGGAGGACUACGAUCCAGACGGUUGGCUGGGCAUCAUGAUUGGUGCCAAGCUGUAUGUAGAUAUGAGUAGAGCGAAUUCCUUGGGAGAGGACUUCACCAAGUUGAAGCAACAACUUGGAGGAAGAGGCAGGAUGCUUAAGGAAGGUUGUAGCACACUCAGACCCACCAUAAAAUCUACUGCCGAUGAUAAGAAAGAUAAUUUUGACUCUAGUGGAGGUCAAGCAACCACUUUCAAACGCACUUCGGUUCAGCGGCAGAAUAUUAACACCAAAAUCUCCGGCAGCCAAGAACACACGGACGCCAAGACGGUAUCUACCUGGACCAAUGACCAAGUCAACACCUGGCUGGCCAACCAUGGACUAGGCGGGCUCAAGAACCAUUUCGACGGCUACAACGGACAGCGGUUACUCGGUCUAAAAAUAGUGUCCACCGAGGCUCCCAAUUUCUUCUACUCAGAGCUCAAAAAUGAUUUGGGUUUGAAGAGUCUUCUUGACAUUGUGACAUUCAAGCAAGCUCUUGACGGGAUUAUCUGAGUGCUGAGCAAUGAAAUUCCAGGACUUGUGAAAUAUUUCGCAAAUGAACUCAACAAUUAUGAGUGAUUUGGUGUUGUUUUAGCACGACCCUUAAAGCCACUUUUAGACCAAAUCUUCCGACAUAAUUAUGAUAUAUGCCGACUUUACAACAAUUGGAGUUCAUAAUCAAAAAUUCUUAAACAUUCUCUAGACAGGAAGUUUGCUUAAUUAUCGUCAAAUAAUAUGGAUACGUAAUAUCUACUUGAAAAGAACAUGAUAUUGUGUAAUAGUAAACACAUGCAUUGCGAUGUUGUGUUUUGAUUUUAUCGUAAUGAAUAAAAUAAAAGUGUCAGUGGUUAAACGUACGUGUGGUAUAUUA